GAGAAAUGAUUCUUCGUCGGAAAGUGGCGCAACGAGAAGCUGCUGCUCCUCCUCCUGCAUUACUAAUAUUGCCCUCGAAGAUGUCCGAGCUCACUGGAGUGGCAUCGUGACCUGUGAGGGAGUCGACGUAUUUCGGUUCUUGGAAUCAUCGGGUUUACAACUCAACAUUCAUUUUAAUCUGCACAUAACUUGCAACUGAUUUUCAAGGAGAACAUUAUUAAAUUUCAGCUCAAACUGUCUCUCUUAGAAAAACUAUUUGUUCCUUUUUCUUUUUUUUUGUGGGUGGGUUUCUGUCGGGUUCAUUUGUCCGACUCCGACCGACACAAGUCAACUCGGGUGACGAGUCAACUCCAAUUUCAGCCGGAGAAACUUCGACAGGUAGAAAUUGUCGUCGUCUGACGAUGUUCUCUUCUCUGUUCUGCUGGGAGCAGUAAGCCGUGAGACGAACCAGAGAGAGAUGGUUGCCCGGAGGUUUCAGGUCCGCCACGAUGGUGCCGAUUACGACCUUGAGUACGACACCGAUAACGGCCUCGAAGUCUUCAGAUUCCAGCUCUUCUCGCUCACCUCAAUUCCUCCCGACGAGCAGAAGAUCCUUGGAGCUGAGAAUGAUCAAGUCGUCUCCGAAGAUUCCGAUCUCCUCACCAUGUGCGACAAGCUCCAGCUGGUGUCAAUCGACGAAGAAGCAGAAGAGAAGUCCAAAGAGCGGAAAGAAGCGACACCCGCCGAUCAAGGGACUACCAGCAGUGAUGCUGAGUGGUUGAAAUCCGAUGAGGAAUUGGCCCGAAUGCUGCAAGCAGAGGAGGAAGCUUUGUUGAUGCAGCAGUAUGCUGUAGGGGGAAAUACAGGGCAAAUGGAGGAGAGGUUAAGACCUUAUAUCGGCCAAGUUCAAAUGUAUGAGGAUCCUAAGCGUCAGGAAGCAGCUCGAAGGACAGUACCUUUGGAAGAGCUUGAGGAGAAGGCCUUGGUAUCUCUGGCCAAGGAGGGGAAGUUCAAACCAUCGAAAGCGGAACAGGACCAGGCUUUCUUGCUGCAGCUUCUUUACUGGUUCAAACAGUCCUUCAGAUGGGUUAAUGCUCCUUCCUGUGAAAGCUGUGGGAGUGAAACAAUAAGUCAAGGCAUGGGCUCUCCAGUCCCUUCAGAGCUUCUAUAUGGUGCUUCUCGAGUUGAGCUAUAUAGAUGUAGAUAUUGCUUAAGAACGACUCGUUUUCCAAGAUACAAUGAUCCACUGAAGCUUCUGGAAACUAGAAGGGGCCGCUGUGGGGAGUGGGCUAACUGCUUUACACUGUAUUGCAGAGCUUUUGGUUAUGACUCCCGUCUGGUUUUGGAUUUUACUGAUCACGUUUGGACUGAGUGCUUCUCAGAAUAUUUGGGAAGAUGGAUGCAUCUUGAUUCUUGUGAAGCAGUGUAUGACAAACCUCUGUUAUAUGAAAAAGGCUGGAACAAAAAACUGAAUUAUGCAUUUGGCAUUGCGAGAGAUGGGGUAUAUGAUGUUACUAAGCGUUACACAAGGAAGUGGCACGAGGUUUUGACUCGAAGAAACCUAAUCACAGAAUCUGCUCUCCCUGGUCUUCUCAAUAAGUUGACUGGAGAAUGUCGGAGAAGUUUCCCUUCUCAAGCACUCUCCUCACUAGUAGAUCGUGAGAGAAGAGAAGCAGAAUCACUCGAAAGAGAUUUACAUUCCUCAGAUGAUCCCUCGGUUUCAUUGCCUGGAAGGCAAAGUGGAGACAAGCAAUGGCGGAUGUCGAGAGCAGAAAUUGGUCCUGAAGACAAUAAUAGCUCUGUGACCUGUUCUUCUUGCCCAGUUCGUACUUGCAUGGACGAGCAUGUGACGAGGAUUUACAAUUCACUCUCUCCUCUCCUCUCUCACUUUGCUGAAAAUCCUGUUUCUCAACUUACGGCUGUUGAAGUACUGAUCACUUUUAAGGAACUGUUAAUGAAGAUGAGGAGUUUGCCUUUCAAAACGAGAAGAGUGCCCCUUGAUUCCUUACCAAUCAGCAAGGCAUCGUUUGUGAACGAGCUGCUUCCUUCUUUUGAUGAGUUACUUAAUGCGCUCUCCCUGAAAUUAGACAAUUCUGAUGGGAAGAUUGAGAUCUGUUUGGCUGGUGAUCCUGUAAGAACCGCAUUGGUGCUGCCUGUUGUGUUGGAUGCGUUGGACGAUGCAAUCACUAAUCUAAAAAAUUGCAAAAAUCUUACCAAGGAUAUUCUGUGCUUGCCAUUGGUUAAGGUGAACAGAAUACAUUCAGGUUCGGUCCUUGCAAGUGGUGAGGAAAUACCUCUUGGAAUUGCCACAUCAGCAUUCGAUGGAACUCGUGAGACUAAGUGGGAAGAACCAAAUGGUGCAAAAGGGUGCUGGCUCAUUUAUAAAGUACCCAGAAACAAGGCGGAGGAACUUGUGGCAUAUGAGCUAAUGUCUGCGAAUGAUGUUCCCGAGAGAGACCCAAUGGAUUGGGUCAUUGAGGGAAGUGACGAUAGCGGUGACAGCUGGCGUGUUUUGGACAGACAAACCUCCCAGCUGUUUGAAAAUCGAUUCCAACGGAAAACAUUCCUGAUCAAAUCGACGGGUCUUCUGUCUAAUGCUUUCAGGUUUAGGUUUCUAGCCGUAAGGGACUCUCAAUCGAACCCUAGGCUGCAAAUCGGUAGCAUCGACCUGUAUGCACGGGGCAGCUGACAAACCAUAAAGAUUUGACAAACCAAAGACACGUUUAUUGAAGAAGCGAAUAAACCUCUACUGUGCUCUGCAGAAUUUGAUCAGGAUUCUGCAUUGAUUCUCUCCUCUUCAAUUAUUUAUCAACAGAAGAGGAAAGCAGGGAAAUUGGAAGAAAACAGCAAUGGCAAGUCUGGUAUUCGAUUGUUGCAUAGUUCAGUUAUCGCCUCGGCUUCUUCGAAGGAGGAAAUUGCCUACUGACGGAUUGUUGUAUGUUGGCAAGUUCAUGUUUGAUAUCAGUGUUAUUGAUCUUUACUACUAUGGCAUUCAGCUUCUGAAAAUGGCUGAGAUUUAAAUC